ACAUUAAGGUUGUCCCUAUUGAGAUUUUAUUUUCCCUUCUUUCUUCUUUGCAUCAUUCUUGCUUUAGCAAAACAUGGCAGUGACUACCAUUAGCAAUGAGUUCAGUUGCCCAAUCCCUCCUGCUAGGCUUUUCAAGGCUGCAGUCCUUGAUGCACACAACCUACUUCCUAAGAUUGUUCCUGACAAGAUCAAAUCCAUCGAAAUUCAAGGAGAUGGUGGGGCUGGAUCCAUCAAACAGAUCAACUUGGCUGAUGAUGGCCCUUUUGACUUCAUCAAGCAUCGGAUCGAGGAAGUUGAUGAACAAAAUUUUAAGUGCAAGUUUACUCUUGAUAUAUGCUUUGAGCUCCUCAAAGUUCAACAUUGGGUCACCACCGCUGUGCUUGCAGGGGGUGUCACGGAUAUACCACAGCACUCUAUCACACACACUAAUACAACCCUAUGUGAUGUUGUGUCCUGCUCUCAUAGUUAG